AUGGCGGGUGAUGAAAGUGACAGUGAUCUAAAGCCAUCCAGUGUCGCGAUCAUCAGAGAAGUUUAUGAUAGUGAAAAUGCUCACAUCAAGUUUGAGAUGGAACUGGAAAGAGCACUGGAGGCUGGCGUUAGCGUUAUUGUGAUAGAACCAGAGCCACUUGGUGAGGAAACAGCACGUUGGAUUUAUGUAGGAAACCUCUUGCAUAAGGUUUCUGUUUACAGUGGACUCUGUAGCAUUGCAUCAGGUCUUGCAUGGAGUUCAUUAGCUUGUGCACCUUUUGGCAUUGUAUCAGUACUGUGUGCUGGAUGUUACACACUGUCAUGGCAGUGGGACCCGUGUUGCAAAUAUCAAGAAGAAAAGAACCGCCGGCAUUUAUCAACAUUACCUAUGUUAAGUGAUCUUACAUCUGCAUCACCAGUUGUUCUGGUGCACACAGACAAUAGAAGGAAAAUUAUUUUACAUACAACAGUGUCUAUGACUGCGACAGCUAUAUGCUUAUGGAGACUAUACAAUAUUUUUAAAUAA